CUAGUCGUGGAAUUUUAGAUAUAUUUAAUGCAAGAAGGCAAUAUUAUAAUAAAUAUUCAUCUCAACAAGAUACGAUUUUUGCAUUAUCUACCGCUCAAGGUAAAGCAGGAAUCGCAAUAAUUCGAGUUUCUGGCUCAAAAACUUCAGAGGCUUUAAGAAGUAUGACCCCAAAAUUUUUGAAAAAACCACUCCCGAUUCCGCGGAUAGCUACAAAUAGAUUUAUAAUACACCCAGUUACUGGUGAAAUGCUUGAUCAUGGGUUGGUUUUAUGGUUUCCAGGACCAAAUAGUUACACGGGGGAAGAUGUGGCUGAGUUCCACAUACAUGGUGGCAUAUCAAUAAUAAGUGGUGUUUUAGCUGCGCUCGGUUCUAUUGAAGGCUUUAGGCAUGCUGAGAGAGGCGAAUUCACUCGCAGGGCGUUUGACAAUGACAAACUUGAUUUAACAGAAAUCGAAGGGCUCGCCGACUUGUUGAAUGCCGAAACUGAAGUACAGAGACGACAAGCUCUUAGACAGGCUCAAGGAAGUUUGAAAGAUUUGUAUGAAACUUGGAAGAAACAAUUAAUCGAGAAUACAGCAUUAAUAGAGGCUAUAAUCGAUUUCAGUGAAGAUGAAAAUAUUGAAGAUGGGAUUUUUGAGCAAGUGGUGGCAAGGAUAAAACAAAUAUUGAGUAUGAUGAUCGAUCAUGUAAAUGAUGGCCGUAGAGGUGAAAUUUUGCGAGAUGGCAUACAUGUGACACUAUUUGGCCCUCCUAAUGUUGGCAAAAGCAGUUUCUUGAAUUGUUUAGCUCAGAGACAAGCAGUUAUUGUUUCGUCAAUUCCUGGCACAACUCGUGACGUUAUUGAGAUUUCAUUAAAUAUUGGUGGAUAUCCAGUUAUUAUUGGAGAUACUGCUGGAUUAAGACAAUCUGAUGAUAUCGUAGAAAUUGAAGGAAUUAAGCGAGCCAAGGAUCGUGUUGAAGUUUUAAAAUCUUUGAGUUCUAACAAUGAAAAUUCACGUGGAAUCAUAAAUCCACUGAUAAACGAAUCUAUGGACAAAUCUACUUUUCUAGUUCUUAAUAAAAGCGACCUUUUAAGUGCAUCUGACUUGGUUUAUUUGAAGAGGGCGGUUGCUAAAAAUUUUCCUGAAAAUUACGUUUGUUGUUUAUCAUGCAUGAACGGGGAUGCUUAUAACAUUGUGCUCGAUUAUCAAGCAAUUGAUCGAGGAUUAUAUGAUCGAGGCAAUAUACUACAGUCUCAUUUGCUUUAUAUAUUUUUCUAUUUUGAUUAUAAAUCCGCAUAUGAUGUUAGAUAUGACAAUUCUGCCGCUCAAGUUGCUUUGAUCACACAAUCUCGACAUCGAGAAAAUCUUAGUAAUUGUAUUCAUGGCUUACAAAACUUCCUUGCUCAAAAGGAUAUAGUGCUAGCGGCCGAGGAAUUGAGAUAUGCGACUAAUGCGUUAGGUAGAAUUACUGGCCGCGUUGAAGUUGAUGAAAUAUUGGAUGUUAUAUUUGAAAGAUUUUGUAUUGGAAAAUAG